UGUAAAUGCUCCAGUUUAGCUUCGGCUCAUGUAAAGAUCUAACAAUUGAAAAGAUGCUCGUCCCUCCUGAUAUGAACCGCGCCAAGAUUCCAGGACCAGAGAAACUGGACUGCCGUCACAAUGGGAUCUAUACUCAUCGAUGAGAUAGCAGGUCAAAACGAGGGGAAGAAUGGUCCUAUCGACAUACUAUCAAAAGGGGAGCCGGCAGAUAGCAACGGCUUCAGAUAUUUCGAGGUUGCUGGCCUCGUAUCUGAUCAGUUGCUUUCCCUGACGGGCAUGAAGGAUGAAAUAUUGCUUUUAUCAUGGCUCAUCGUGCUCCUUCGGACUCGCGAAGGCGGCCAGGCCAGUUUUGACUGGGCAUAUAAGAGCCCAGAAGAUGGUUUUCAACAUGAGCCAGAGACUAGGAGUCUGUCAACAGAAGAAGUAGUGACAGGAUUACAAAGUAAUAUCACGGACACCGCCACAGUAGUCUCUCGCUUUAUCACAGCUGCGGAACCCAGUCAGCGUACACCCAAGUCCAGCCCUGGGUCGCUCCUCUUAAGCACCAGUUCACUAUCCAAAACUUCCGAAGGAGCCAAAGAUGAAGGCGUAUUUCACCUCGAGCUACGCCUUAAUAAUAGUAUUCUCGAGAUCCGUCCAGUCUGGCAAAUCAAAAAUAUGCCAGAAUACAACGUGACGCGACACAUCGAGUCACUGAUUGAAACUGUCAAAAUGUGCAUUUCGAAUCCGGAUGCGUCCGUGGAAGAAUGUCUUCGGCCGACCACGCGUGAUAUAGAUCAUAUAUGGGGCUGGAAUCACCUCCUACCUCCCACCUGCGGCUUCUGCAUGCACGACAUGAUAGCCGAACGAUCUCAAGGAUUGUUAGAAAAAGUGGCAAUCUCAUCAUGGGAUGGAGACUUGAUGUACGGCCAAAUCGAACGAUAUUCCACGCUCGUAGCAGGCUCGCUUCAAGAAAUGGGCGUUAAAUUGCAUGAUGUCCUACCAGUGUGUUUUGAGAAGUCAAAGUGGACAAUUGUAGCCGUGCUUGCGGUGAUGAAAGCUGGGGCAACCUUCGUGCUUAUGGACCCAACACUUCCGCUUGCCCGCCUCCAAAAUAUGGCGGAACAGGUGGGUGCAAAUAUAAUGGUGGCGUCGCACAACCAGCAUGAUCUGUCGACAUCAAUCGUGCCAAAUGGCAAGCUCCUCAUCGUGGAACCGGACACAUUCUCCUCGACAGAUUUACAAGAACUUCCAAAGCUAGCAGCUGUCCCGUCAUCUGCUCUAAUGUACAUAAUAUUUACUUCUGGAAGCACGGGCGUACCGAAAGGAGUUACCAUUUCCCACGAAACAUAUACCAGCAGUGCCAUUCCUCGAGCAAAGGCGGUUGGCUAUACAGAGAACUCCAGGGUUCUCGAUUUUGCGUCGUACGCUUUCGAUGUCAGUAUCGACAGCAUGCUUUUAACUCUGGGCAACGGCGGUUGCCUUUGCAUUCCUUCCGAUGAAGACAGAGUUAAUGACAUAAACGGAGCAAUGCGAAAUAUGCAGGUCAAUUACGCCGGCCUAACCCCUUCUGUGGCCCGCAUAUUAGAUGAUGAUGUUAUAGCAUCCCUUAGCGGCCUUGGUCUCGGUGGAGAGGCUGCCUCGGCGAGAGACGUUAAUCUCUGGGGGGAAGUCACCAGGAUUAUUAUCGGUUACGGGCCCUGCGAAUGUACAAUCGGAUGCACAGUGAACAGCAGCGCUGCCACAGGAAGGGACUAUAUCUCCAUUGGGCCAGGGAAUGGAGCCGCCAUCUGGAUCACCAACCCAGACGACCACGAAACACUAAUGCCAGUCGGUGCCGUAGGCGAGUUGCUUGUCGAGGGUCCUAUUGUAGGACAAGGAUACUUGAAUGACCCCAACAAGACUGCAGAGGUCUUCAUUAACGACCCAAAAUGGCUAGUCGCAGGACACAACGGCUACGCUGGCCGUCAGGGCCGUCUAUACAAGACUGGAGAUCUUGGAAAAUACGACCCCGAUGGUUCCGGGGGCAUUGUCUUUGUUGGAAGGAAGGACACCCAGGUCAAACUGCGUGGACAGCGUGUUGAGCUCGGGGAGAUCGAAAGUCAGUUGAGGGUCAGACUCCCUUCGGACACCACCGUUGUUGCCGAGGUGAUUGUGCCUACGGGUGGGGGCCAACCUACUUUGGUUGCAUUUAUCACCUCCAAGUCCAUGAAGGGCGAGGAUACCGAUUUAACGUCACCACAACUUCCCAGCGAGCUGCGCGAAACACUCUCAGUAGCUGAUGUGGAUAUAGCAAAGGUUUUACCGCGGUAUAUGGUGCCAAACGCAUAUAUACCAGUCAAUUAUAUUCCAGCUUUAAUCUCAGGCAAGACCGAUCGCAAACGGCUCCGUCAGUUUGGCGCCACCGUAGAUCUCCGGGAUUUGGAUAAAGACACACCUAGCACUGCUCCUAGAGAGAUGACUGAAACUGAGAAGCGUCUGAGGAAUUUCUGGAGCGAGAUAUUGAAACUUGACGAAGAAUCUAUUGGACCAAGUGCUAAUUUCUUCGCGCUUGGUGGUGACUCCUUAACAGCAAUGAGGCUCGUGUCUGUCUGUAGAGCACAGAAUUUCGAACUUACUGUCGCCAGCAUCUUUGGCCACCCCACACUCUCGGCUAUGGCUGGCGUUGUUCUCGUUUCUAACGUGCAAGCGCUGGCAGAAACGUCACCAUUUUCUAUGAUUUCUACACCUGCCGAAAGCGCUUGCCUCGAAGCAUCACACGCCUGUGGAUCAACUCAGGAAGCAGUUGAAGACAUAUAUCCUUGCACACCCACGCAGGAGUCACUGUUUACCUUCUCGCUCAAAUCUACCAAGGCGUACGUAGCUCAGAGAGUUGCAUGUAUUCCAUCGCACAUUGAUCUCGAUGCCUGGAGAAAAGCAUGGGAAGAGGUCAUCGCAGCAAGCCCUAUUUUACGCACCCGUGUCGCUCAGCUCCAAGAACCCGGCCUUCAGCAAGUUAUCCUUAACGAAAGCAUCUCCUGGAAAUAUUCGUCUAACCAAGAGCAAUACCUCGAGGAUGAUAAGGCUGAGAGGAUGAAUCUAGGCGAAAGCUUAGCUCGAUAUGCUAUUAUCAGCUCCCCAAACGAUGACAAGCGAUCUAUGGUCUGGACAGUCCAUCACGUACUCUACGAUGGGUGGUCAGAGCCAUUGAUCCUCGAAAAGGUCUCCAACGCCUUGAAAGACCAGCACACCAAGACUAAAACAAAAAUGCAAGACUUCGUUAAAUUUGUGCGGGACACAAAUGAGAUCGCCAUGCAGGAGUUCUGGCGCCAAGAGUUGAAGGGUGCCGUCGGACCCCAGUUUCCCCGUCUGCCAUCUAGAGACUACUUGCCAACUCCAGAUUCCAUUAUUGAGCACCUUAUACCCCUUGAAAAACUCAGCGGGUCGCCAUUCACACUUGCAACACUGAUUCGUGGCGCUUGGGCGCUCGUAUCGUCGCAGUACACAGGCAGCGACGAUGUUGUAUUCGGCGAGACGCUCAUGGGUCGAGACAUUCCGUUGCAGGAGGUUGAAAGUAUCAUAGGCCCAUUGAUUGCCACGGUGCCUGUUCGCAUACAAUUUGACCGCAUGAGCUCAGUCGAAUCUUAUCUAAAUGCUGUGCAGCAAGGCAUACUGGCCCGUACACCAUACCAGCAUAUGGGGAUGCAAAAUAUCAGAAAGGUUAGCCGCGAUGCUCAGCAUGCAUGUGAAGCCAGUACAGGCUUGGUAAUCCAGCCAGAGCCAGUGUAUGUGGAUGGCGAUCUUGGCUUCAGCCAAGGAGACGCCGUGCGAGAAGCCCUCCAUUUCAACCCCUAUCCGCUCAUGCUAGCUUGUGGGAUCCAAAAGGCCGGCUUCAGGGUCUGCGCCAGUUUCGACAGCAGCCUGAUCGAGAUUAAGCAAAUGGAGCGAAUCCUUGCGCAGUUAGAAAUGGCGUGUUUGCAGUUGACGAAAAAUCCGUCCCGGAGAAUCAACGAGAUAUCUUGCGUUCCAGAGGUGGAAUUGGACCAGAUCUGGCGCUGGAAUCAAACUCCCCCAUUGGCCUUGGAUGAGUCUUCAAGGCUUCGAGCAGGUGCAAGUACCAAGCAGGGGGCGAUCUAUCCUCGCGCGUUGAUACCUUGGGUGUGUGAUCCGCGAAACUCAUCUUUAUUGUCUCCCAUCGGCUGUACUGGCGAGCUCUGGCUUGAGGGGGCUUCCCUUUCCGGUGAAACUGUUGAGUCUCCUCCUUGGCUCAAGGCAGGCAGCUCUACAUGUGUCGGUCGCGGGGGACGAGCACAGGCGACAGGCGACAUGGUUCAGUUGCAACAAGAUAACACCUUAGUAUUUGUUGGUCGAAAGGAGAAUGUCGUGUCAUUCCAGGGGCAUACAGUGGAUAUUGGAGAUCUUGAAGGUCACUUCACAAGACUUCUCCCACCAACUAUUCAUGCUGCUGCGGCCCUCUUCCAAUCAUCAGAUACUACCCAACAGGUUCCAGACCAAGAACUAGUCAUCUUCAUAGAACAGCAGCCUUCUGAGGGAGACACUGUUGAGCUCAUGUCAGUGCCGCACAAUAUAACUUCCGACUCAUCUGAUCCACAAAGCUUCAAGACGGCCAUAUGUGCCACUAUUCCCCUCAGUCUUGUAGUAGCACUGAAGAAGCUCGACAAAUUCAUCCAAGACUCCCUCACAUCAUACAUGGUCCCAUCUGCAUACGUCGUAGUUGACAAACUGCCUGCGGAGUCAAACGAAAUUAACCAUGGUGUGCUCAACAAGCUCGCCUCCACGAUUCCACGGCACGUACUCACUCAGAUCCACGAAAGAAUCGAGGAGGCAUGGACCAAAACCUCCGCGAAAGCCAACUUGACACCUGCGGAAGAUAUUCUGCGGUCUUCCUGGGCGACGAUUCUUGGAAUCAGCCCGGAGAAGAUAGACGUCGACGACAACUUCUUCCGUAUCGGAGGUGACUCUGUCUACGCCAUGAAAUUAGUAUCACGUCUCCGCACCCUGGGACACAGUUUAACUGUCGCCGAUAUAUUCCGGCACAUGCGUCUUGGUGAUGCCGCCAAAGUGAUGAAAAUAGGUGAAGCCCCGAAACCGAAGGUCCAGCCCUACAGGCGCUUUUCGACGCUGGGCAAUUUGGACCAGGACCUAUUCCUGUCGACGAUUGUUCGGCCGCAGCUUGUCGAUCCGCGUUGUUCUAUUCAAGAUGUAUGCACGGUGACGGAUUCACAAGCACUUGAUAUCAGAGGAACGCUCCGAGUACCGCGGACGUCGAUGCAAUAUACCAUGUUAUACUUUGAUAGCGGCAUCGAUCGCGAGAAGUUGUUCGACGCCUGCAAGAAGCUAGUCAAGACCCACGAUAUCCUACGCACCGUCUUCAUCGAGCACGAAUCAACCUUUUAUCAAGUCGUCUUAGAUGAGUUCGAUUCCCCUGUAACGACGCAUAAGGCGGAUGGCGAUCUUAAGCAAUACGUUGCUGACCUCUGUAAUACGCACAUAGAAGGAGACUUCCGCCUCGGAUCAUCUUUCUUCAAGCUGCUACACGUCGAAGGCAAUGACGGCCAAGAGUGCCUCAUCAUCGGCCUCUCUCACGCUCAAUACGACGGCAUGUCUUUGCCCCGCCUGCUCCAAGACCUGGAAACCUUAUACACGAGCGCAAAAAUCGUCGACUUCGAACCAUUCUCCUCAUACAUGACACUAGUUUCCAACGAUCGUGCCCACACCAGUGCCCACACGUACUGGCGCAAUCUCCUAAACGCCUCCACCCUCUCCAUCCUCCCCGGACUCUCUACCCAACCCACGGACAAAGCAACCUUCCAAACCCACCCCGUCCUCGCCUUCACCCCCCUGCAAGACAUCACCACGGCCACCCUCCUCUCUGCCGCCUGGGCCCUCCUCCUCGCCCGCCGUCUCCGCACCACAGACGUAACAUUCGCCAGCGUCACCUCAGGCCGCACCAACGACCUCCCCAACAUCGAGAACGUCAUGGGACCCUGCUACCAGCUCACGCCCCUCCGCGUCGCCUUCUCGCGGGAGUGGACGGCCCUCGACUUACUCCGCUUCAUCCAGAACCAGAGUGCUGAGUCAGCUGCCCAUGACUACGUUGGGUUCAGCGCGAUAAAGGAGAAGUGCACGCAGUGGUCGAAGGAGGCGGGAGUGGAUUCGAUUGUCCAUCAUCAGGAUUUUGAGGACUUCGAUACGAUGCCGUUUGCUGGUGGGGAGUGUAAGGUGGAUAUUUUGAAUCCGCACGGGGAUGCGGCGGCGCCUUUCAAGGCCGUCUCGUUCAUCAAGGGUGGGGUGUUGCAUGUUGGGGUUGUGGGGAGUGAGAGGGAUGCUGUGUUUAUGGAUGAGGUGCUGAAGGAGCUGGCUGCGGCUGUUGAGGAACUUUCGGUUCGGCAGUCGGAGUUGUUGGUGCUUGAUGGGAUGUUUGAAUCGGCAGAACAGUUGUGUCCAGUCUAGAUACCGGACUAAAUAGAUUGAUCAUAUAGCGUUAGCCAGCAUUUUGUAUAUAGUUAUUAUCUCCUUAGUAUCAGCUAAACCAAUAAACAUCAAAUGUGCU